UACCAGUGUUAAAAGGGCAGCAAGUCGGCGACUCGGAGCUGUUUUAUCUCAAGAUUCCACCGAAGCGACUCUCUUCCAUCCACGUAGCACCACCAGCUCCCUGGAGUAGAAGCCAGCAAGAUGACGUCCGUCGCAGGCAGGCUGGCCCGCCAGAAUGAACGGGCCGAAGGUGUGGGCACCAACGAGAAUGCCGUGAAGUUCUGCAACCAGGACUACGCCACCUUGAAGAGCCAGUGCCUGCAGAGGGGCCGCCUGUUUGAAGAUGACGCCUUCCCCGCCAGCAGCAGGUCCCUUGGCUUCAAAGAACUGGGGCCACUGUCCCCCAAGACUCGCGGUGUGGUUUGGAAAAGGCCAAAGGAGCUCUGCCCAAAACCAUAUUUCAUUGACAAUGGAGCCACGAGAACAGAUAUCUGCCAAGGAGAGCUGGGUGACUGCUGGCUGUUGGCGGCUAUCGCCUCCCUCACCCUGGAUGACGAGAUCCUGGCGCGUGUAGUUCCCCCUGGGCAGGACUUCGACCAGGACUACGCCGGAAUCUUUCACUUCCAGUUCUGGCAGUUUGGCGACUGGAUAGACGUGGUGAUUGACGACCGGCUCCCCACCAGGGAUGGGAAGCUGCUGUUUGUUCACUCAAGCGAGGGAGCUGAGUUUUGGAGCGCCCUGCUGGAAAAGGCCUAUGCAAAGUUAAACGGCUGCUACGAAGCUCUGUCUGGGGGGACCACCACUGAGGGUUUCGAGGAUUUUACCGGUGGCAUUUCUGAGGGAUACGAGCUGAACAAAGCCCCCCCACACCUUUUCAAAAUCAUCAAGAAGGCACUGGGGCUGGGAUCACUCUUAGGUUGCUCUAUUGACAUUACCAGCGCCUAUGAAACAGAGGCAGUGACGGCCUUGAAGCUGGUGAAAGGACACGCAUACUCCCUUACUGGUGCUGAAGAGGUACAUUACCAAGGGAGCACGGUUGAGCUGGUGCGACUCAGGAACCCCUGGGGUGAGGUGGAAUGGACCGGGCCCUGGAGCGACAGCUCCGAAGAAUGGAACCGAAUCCUCCCAGAAGAGAAAGCCAAGCUGGCGAAUGCUGCCGAAGAUGGAGAAUUUUGGAUGGCCUACUCAGAUUUUAUUAAGCAGUUCUCUACCCUGGAGAUCUGUAACCUGACACCAGAUACAUUGACCAGUGACGAGGUGGCCUACUGGAGCUACUACCAGUUCAACGGACAGUGGAGGGUGGGCUCGACUGCAGGAGGCUGCCGGAAUCACCCAGCCACCUUCUGCUCCAAUCCUCAGUAUGCAAUCAAGCUGGAGCAUCUGGAUGAUGACCCCUUGGACGGGAAACACGGAUGCACCCUCCUGGUUGGCCUCAUGCAGAAGGACGGGCGGAAGGACCGGAGAUUCGGAGAGGACCUCAACACCAUCGGCUUCGCCAUUUACAAGGUUCCUCCAGAGUACAAGGGUCGCACUGACAUCCGCCUGGGUCCGGACAUCCUGAUGAAACAGCAGGCAGUUGCCAUGAGCAGAACCUUCAUCAACACGCGUGAGAUCUGUGACCGCUUCCACCUGCCCCCGGGGGAGUACGUUAUCAUCCCUUCCACCUUCCAGCCACACAAACGUGGCAGCUUCCUCCUGCGCGUCUUCACCGAGAAGGAGGCCAACGCCAGUCAAAGGGCAGCAAAUCUCAGUGUGAAAAUAAAGGAGCAAAACAUCUCCGAGAAGGAUAUCGAUCCCCAGUUCAAGAGCCUGUUCAGGCAGAUUGCUGGAAACGAAUCAGAGGUGUCCGUCUUUCAGCUCGUCCAAGCUCUGAACAAGGUUUUGUCGAAAAGAUCCAAUAUCAGGAGUGAAGGCUUCAGUCUUGAGACCUGUCGUUGUAUUGUCUCCCUCCUGGGUAAGGAUGGAAAUCCCAGACUGAGCCUCAUGGAAUUUCACGUUCUCUGGCUGAAGAUCCAGAAGUACCUGAAAAUCUUUGAGAACGUUGACUUGGACAAUUCCGGAACCAUGAGCACACACGAGAUGAGAGGGGCUCUUGCUCAAGCAGGAUUCCAGGUUAAUGAUGCAGUGCUUCAGGUUGUAGUGAGUCGCUACGCCAGUCCAGACUUCUCCAUCAACUUUGAUAACUACGUGAGCUGCCUGAUUCGACUAGAGAUGCUCUACAAAAUGUUCAACACUCUGAGAAGCAAUGAAUCUGGGAAAAUUGAGCUGGAUUUGUUGCAGUGGUUCUGCCUGACUCUUCAUUAAAGCUCUGAAGAUCAUCGCUCUCCAGCUGAGCUGACGACUUUCUAGAAAAGAUAUCAAACAAGUUUUCAUGCUCUGAUUUUCAGCGUCAUAUUUCUUCAGCCUCAUCUCUUCAGUAUGGAGAUGAUGUGAAAUUAUGUUGGCCGAAAGUGACAUUUUUCUUUCCUGAAAUUAAUUUCACCUAGCUUUUCAUAGCAUGUUUACCUUUGAGACGAAGCUCUGACUGAAAGUGGGGAAAAAAGCUUUUUUUAAACUGAAUAUUCAAUUUCAUCUACAAGACCUUCAAUUUGUUUUUCAUCAUAUCAGAUAUUUAAUUAUGAAAAAAAAUUUCAUUGGUGAGGGCAUUUUCUGCAUAGUUUUUCCCUUAAAUGUGCUUUAAACUCCCCACACAUUCACACUGUUUUACCCUGUAGCAGUUGAGUUGGCCGUAAUAGUCACCUAUGCAAAUAAAAGCCACUCGUUUCCGAUACGUAAUUUUCUGUUUCAGUUCAGCCAUGUGGAAGGAACGGUUUCCAUUGUACACAUGCAGAAGCAUGGGCCCUGCCAAAUUCUCCAUUCUCCACUAGUGCAACUGUGUGUCCCCACCAUGACAGCAGUAACCAAUGGUGUAUGCCAGCCAUGUGAGCAACAUGGCAUUACGGUAACAAAGCUGGAAAGGCCUUUGAUUGUUAAAAAUUCAGAUUGUAUGUGUAUGCUGCAACAGUCUGGGGCCAGCUGUAGUUCCCAGGCCCCUAUCAUCAGAUAUCUGAAGCAUAUUCAUUUAUUUAGCUGACCAUUUCCUCUAAAGUUACUAAAAGUGAUUUGUACAUUUAUACAGCUGAGUAACUAUUACUAGAGCAAUGUGAGAGGAGUACCUUGCUUAGCAAUCCUGUAGGAAAUAGAGGGAUUCAAAUCUGCCACCUCCCAGUGCAAGGCAGCAGUUCUAACCACUGCAUGCUUUAAUCUAGAAGGAACAUGAGGUCGAGGCAGAUUAAGUGAGAAAUGUAAACUGCUCAUCAUUACAGAAAGGAAACAGGAAAAGCAUUAAUGACCCUAAAUGCUUUGACUUAACUGCUGAAGAUGGAAUUAAAGAAGGAAAUAAAGAUGUAACAUUGUGUAAGGAUGUACUGUACAAAUCUACUUUGAGAAGAAACCCCACACCUACAAAGCAAAAUCCUAAACAAAAGUAAGAUGGACAGUAAGAUGGCAGAGCAUCUCUGAGUGGUUCAUAUUUGUUUUGCCCUUAUUUAAUCACUCCUUCUGAUAACUUACCAGUACCUUGGUCAAACCGGUCAGGAUGUAGUUUAGGCUACUGUAUAUAAAUAGCACAAAUCAAAUGUCUAACUGCUGUAGAAAAUCUCUUGAAGAAAUAAAUGUCAACCUUGCCAAAACAUGCAGCCCCCCCCAUUUGAUAUUAGAGCUGUAGUGUCACUGAUACUCUGAGGAAUUAUGUCUGCAAGUUUGCAUUGUAAAAGAAACC